AUGUCGACACCUGCGACAGCCGUGGCGGCCACGCUCCCUCACUACCACCACCCGCGCCAUUACCACUCACCCUACGCUGCCCAUCAACAACAAUACGCUGCCUCUCCUGGCUACCGUCCUGCCGCCCCCGUCGCCGCCUCGAGCCCGGUCGUCCCCCCAUCUGCCGCUGUGUCGAGCACCGCUCAUCUUCUUCCCGCCUACGGCCACCCGAGUCCGCUUCAUCUGCGUCGCUAUCCCGUCGACAACGCUUCCGCCCCGACCGAUGGCCUGCUAGACCAUCCGCCGCCUCCCCCUCCCCAUGCGUACCUCGACGUGCCCGGCUACAACUCCGCCACACGUCCCGACGAUAGCUUCACCACCAACAUGUCCAGCAGUGCGACCAUGACGGCCACGGCGAGCGGUGCCAUUGACGACCACGCCUCCCGCAAACGCCGACGCUCUCGGGAGCCUGAUUGGAACAACUUCUACCGCAACGGCCUCCCCAAAGAAAUCAUAGUCAUCGAUGAUACACCAGAACCAGAGGCGAACCAGGGCCGCAAGCUCGCCCACGGCUAUGCUGCCAGCAGCCAUAUCAUCAAUCCGGGCGGCGUUCUUCCUCAGCAGCAACUACAACAAGCACAGCCAGCCAAGCGUCGAAGACGAGACGAUGUGAAGCCGGCCCACUACCACAUCCAGCCUGUGGCCGGCUCCCACGCAACUACCCCAAAUCACAACAUCACACCCAGUGCCUCGACGUUGUCCAGCGAUGGCCACCACUCCACCGCCCAGACUACUGCUCCAACUUCGUUGUCUUCCAAUGGCCAGCCCGAUUCAGUGUCUGCCCCGCUCAAGAGGAAGCGCACCCGUCAACAGGUCGCCAUCGAGGCCAAACGUCGUGAUAUCGAGGGUCUCGGUCACCCCUUCGAAGCCUAUGUACCACCGCCAUACCCUCCUAAGAAGGCAGGCGAUGUCUACGUUCGAGUUGUCCAUGACAUUCAGCAAUACUCCAAAAAUGUCAAGGUUGACGAUGACGACGGUCACUAUAUCGUCGUCCCCGAUGCAGACCUUACCGACAAGUAUAAAGUCAAAUGCCUGCUUGGUCAAGGUACUUUCGGCAAGGUUGUCCAAGCCCGUGACCGCCGGCGAAACGAGGCCGUCGCUGUCAAGAUUAUCCGCUCGGUCCAAAAAUACCGGGACGCUUCACGCAUUGAGCUCCGUGUCUUUGCCACCCUGAAAGCAAAUGAUCCCACCAACAGGAACCGAUGCAUUCAUCUGCGGGACUGCUUCGACUAUCGUGGCCACAUCUGCAUUGUCAUGGAUCUUCUCGGCCAAAGCGUCUUUGACUUUCUCAAAGGCAACCACUUCGUCCCAUUCCCCAACAGCCAGAUUCAAAAAUUCGCUCGCCAAUUGCUUACCAGCGUCGCUUUCCUGCACGACCUCAAUCUAAUACAUACCGAUCUCAAACCCGAGAACAUUUUACUAUACGACAACUCAUAUCAAACUUUCACCUAUCACAGAAAGAUUCCGUCCGCUUCGACAACGAUUAAUCGACAAGCCACGCAAAGGCGGGUGCUGCUCGACACUGAAAUUCGAUUGAUCGACUUUGGCUCUGCCACAUUCGAGGACGAAUAUCAUUCGUCUGUCGUUUCUACCCGUCAUUAUCGUGCGCCCGAAAUUAUUCUCGGUCUUGGCUGGUCUUUCCCUUGUGAUAUCUGGAGUAUCGGGUGCAUCCUAGUGGAGUUCUUCACAGGAGACGCCCUUUUCCAAACACACGACAACCUGGAGCACCUUGCCAUGAUGGAACAGGUUAUUGGGCAGCGGAUAGACGCUCAUCUUGUCCAGAACGUCAACAAGAUGUCCACCAGAACAGGCGGCAACCCGGCUUCCAAAUACUUUAAACGACUGAAGCUCGACUAUCCAGCUCCAGAUACAUCGCGGAGUUCGAAGAGAUUUGUCAAAGCCAUGAAAAAUCUUGAUGAUAUAAUUCCGAAGAACACGACGUUCUUCAAGAACUUCCACGACUUGCUGCGGAAAAUGUUCAUCUAUGACCCUGUCCAGCGCAUCACGGCCCGCGAGGCACUGAACCACCCAUGGUUCAAAGAAAUGGCACCUCCCGACGACGGAACAGAGGCCGCCAAAAUUCGGAUGGAGAAGAGGCGUAUGGGGCAGGAUGCCCAGAGCGUCCAACCUGUUGGAUAA